ACGUGAAAUAUACUUCCCUUUUUGUCCUGAAUGUUAUAUCAUUCUUUAUGCCGGCUGCACUGCCAGCUGUCUUAACAAGUAUCAACGCACAAGCUCAAAAGAGAUUGCGAAACCAAGGCAUUUAUUGCUUGAAUUCCAGAUACAUAAGUCUUUGUGGAGGACUUGAUGUUGCCUGCUUUGAUAAGACAGGAACACUUACAGAAGAUAGUCUUGACCUGCAUAUUCUUUUGCCAGUUCAAAACGGAAAGUUUCAAUCACCUGUAAAAGAUCUAACAUGCCUGCAUGACAAACUUCUAGUGAACUGCUUGGCAUCGUGUCAUUCUUUAACAAAAAUAGAGGAUGAAUUGUUUGGAAAUGAUCUAGAUAUCAAAACCUUUAAAGCUACAGGAUGGGUUUUGCAACAACCGACAGUUACAGAUGCAGUUCCUUUCGAAAAUAUUCCUCCGAGAAUUGUUUAUCCUAAUCCUUCCAAACAUUUCAGAGAGGAAUUAAAAGCAAUUGCUAUUCUGAGGCAAUUUCCUUUCGAAUCAUCUCUGAGAAGGAUGAGUGUAGUCGCCAAAGUCGAUGGAAAUAACCACUUCGAAGUCUUCUUAAAAGGUGCUCCAGAAAUUGUAUGCUCUUUUAGCAGAAACGAAUCAGUUCCCAAUAAUAUACAGGAAGUCCUGAAGUUCUACACAAGCCAAGGUUUUCGAGUUAUUGGAAUGGGAUGCAAAACACUUCCUGAAAAUGUAUCAUGGGAAAUGGCUUUACAAUUAUCUAGAGAAGAAUUAGAGAAAGAUCUGCAGUUUUUAGGAUUAAUAAUUCUAGAAAACAGCUUGAAGCCAGAAACAGUGCCUGCGCUAAACAUAUUGCGUGAUGCUAAUAUCAGAUCGAUUAUGGUCACAGGAGAUAAUCUGUUGACAGCUAUUACCGUAGGAAGGAAAUGUGGAAUGAUAGCAGAAAUGGAUAAGAUAAUUACAGUUGAAGCAACUACAUCCACUGGCUUAAAUACGAGCUCCAAAAGCCAUCUAGAAGUUGAAUUCAGUUUUGUCAAACUUCCGUUAUCGGUGAAAGAAAACCAGGAUAAUAAAGAUGAUACACAUAUACUAGCAAUCUCUGAGGCAACAUAUCAUUUUGUAAUGGAGGGAAGUUCUUUCGAUGUGCUUUGGAAUUUGGACAAAACCUUGCUUAAUAAAAUACUCCUGAAAGGGACUAUAUUUGCUCGAAUGUUACCUGAUCAGAAACUUCACCUUGUCGAAGCUCUGCAGAAUCUUGGGUAUCAAGUUGGCAUGUGCGGUGACGGAGCAAACGACUGCGGAGCUCUUAAAACAGCUCACACUGGUGUAUCUCUGUCUGUAGCCGAAGCAUCAGUUGCUGCUCCAUUCACGUCUUCACAGCAUAACAUUCAGUGUAUUCCCACAAUUAUCAGUGAAGGGCGAGCAGCUUUAGUAUCUGUUUUCGAUGCAUUUCGAUAUAUGGUGUGUUAUAGUUUUAUCUUCCUUAUCGCAGUUCUUUGGUUAUUUUGGGACGGACAAAGAUGUUCGGAUGGGGCUUUCGUCUUGAUUGAUGUUGUCCUUAAUUUAGUUCCUCCCUUUUUAAUUGGUGCAACUUCCGCUUUUCCAAAACUGGCAAAGAGGGCUCCAACAAGAAGUCUUGUCAGCAUCCUUCCAUUAUUUUCGAUUUUUUCAUUCAUUGUACUUCAAACGGCAAUCUAUUUAAUAGCUUAUAAAUACUGUCUUUCUCAACCUUGGUACGAGCCUUUCAAAUUCGAUAAAGAAAAUCCCCUUGAUUCAGAAGCGUCAUAUUCUGGUACUACAGUACUGAAAAUGAAUAUGAUGUCUUAUGUUGUAGCUUCUAUUAUAUUUGUCUCAGGAGCACCUUACAAAAAGCACUUCUUUUCAAACAAACUUUAUGUUUCCAUCGUUUGCGCUAUAUUUGGCCUGGUGACAUAUUUUAUCUUAGAUGCUCCUGAAGCUGUUUUGAAUUACCUAAACUUUAAAAGUGCUCCCGAUGUGAAUUUCCCACGAAUACUGUACGCUAUUUCAUUGGGUAAUCUAGGAAUGUCAUUCAUAUGGGAGAAAUAUAUCAUUCAGCGCGUGGUAACUAAUAACAUAGUACCAUUCAUCUCACGUUUAAAAGGACCAGUUCAGAAGUUUGAGAAAUUGCAACAAGAGCUACUGGCAAGCGAAGAAUGGCCACCUCUAAUUCACGAUAGUGGCAGAGAUGAAAAGAUACAGGUUUCGAAUCCAGGGACAUCCUCAAUAAUAAACAUGUUAUAGGUGAGAAAUAGACAUUCUUUGGUGAGUCGAAAACACACUGAAAGGAAACGAAUAAAAUUUUAAUUUUAGUACUAUAGUUGUACUAAAUUUUACCUUUCUCUUGGAAAUAAUAUCAUCACAAAAGAAUAAGAUUCGCUUAGUUACAUACGGGUAAACUUUUAAGUUUUCUAUGAAUUUUUAAACAGAUAACUUCAUGUUUGCUUAUACGUUUAUAAUAUGUUGUUACAUAUUAUUCUGUAGUACAAUGUAUAUGUGUGAGAAAUAUGUAAAAACCCAAAGCACAUUAAAACCUUCAUAUA